AUGACGGAAAUUCCUCAAUCGAUAAUCACGGCUUUGAAAAAAUAUCAAGAUCGACCAUUCAUCUUGUACCUUGAAAAAGACUUGAUCAAGUUUAUCAAAAACUCGAUAUUGGGCAAUAUCAAACAACCAGAGUAUGUCAUUCAGGCUCAAUACUUGAAAAACUCAUAUUAUAGGCUUUUAAGUCAUCAAUUAUGUCAAUAUUAUAGUCUACAGCAUUGGAACAACCAGUCAAACGAAAUAGUUGUAACCCCAAACGAUAACUUUGAUUACGAAUCUUUGAGAAGAGAAAUUGACGAUGAGUCUAGUGGCUUUGUCAAAAUUAUUGAUAUAGCCCCUCAAUAUCAAGCUGAGCAUUCCCCACCACCACCACCACAAGCACAACCACAUUCUGCUCCCCUUCAACAACGGCUACAGCAGCAACAUCAGCAACUCCAUUCUCGAGAUAACAACUGUUCAGAGUAUGUUCACACGGAAAAUACUCGACAAAUAAUAAAGCCAAAACUCAUUGUAAAGAAAAUCAUUAAUAAACUGUCAACGCCUGAAAGCGACAUCGACGAGCAACUAGGCAAAGAGAAUUUUUCAAAGCUAAAACUUGAGGAGAUAACAACCGAGCUGCCAGCAUCGGAGGCAGAGGCAUCCGAAUCGACAAGCACAACUGUUUCGUCAUCAAUUGAGAGCCAACGAGCCUCUAAAGAAGCUUUGUAUAAGAAAUUGAGAGAAGAGAUAUUUCUUAAGGAGGAUGAAGAUCAAGUAGAAGAAGGUGAAAAAGAGGAAGAAGAAGAAGAAGAAGAAGAAGAGGCAGAAGAAGAAGCAGAGGAGGGAAAGGAAGGGGAGGAAGAAGAAGAAAAAGAAGAAAAAGAAAAAGAAAAAUUGGAGAAUGGAACAAUAGAAAGUGCAGAUAUGUACAGGCAUAAUUGGUCACUGAAACUUAAAGGUUACGAUAGAGAUUACAGAAUGAAGUAUAAGCCCCGUAAUCAUUACUAUUAUCAUCAACAGCAGCAGCAGCAACAACAACAAUUACAACCACAACCACAACUACCACAUCAUCAUCAUCAUCAACAACAGAAUAUGCAACAAUUUCAGCAAUAUGGUCUUCCCCAGCAAGUGCCAAUGCAAUUUUCUUAUCAGCAAAUGUACCCUCCAGGUGGUUUAUCCCCAACGAUUCCACAAACUGGCCCGGUUCCUGUGUUGUACAAUCCUUACUACCCAAGCCAACCUCUCAUUCCUCAAACUUAUGGGUACUCCACGUAUCCCGGAAUUCCCAUAUACGAUAAGGAGACCGAGAGAAGAAUUUUGAAUAAUCCAUAUAUUAUUCUUCCUAGAGACAAUGGGUAUAAUGAGAGGUAUAAACCAGUAAAGCUGCAGAGGAACAAGAGGCAGUAUAACAACAACAACAACAACAACAACAACUACAACAACAACAGCAGCAACUACAACAACUACAACAACAGUAACAACAACUACAACAACAGUAACAACAACUACAACAACAGUAACAACAACUACAACAACAGUAACAACAACUACAACAACAGUAACAACAACAGUAACAACAGUAACAGUAACAGUAACAACAAUAAUACUAAUAACUUGAGAGGUGCAUCGCCUCUGAAUGGAAAUGUCAAAGAGUCAAACAAACUGUAG